AUGAAGGUUCUAUAUAAAAGUGAAAACAGGACCAUUGCUCUAUAUUCGGACACAUGUUCGCUACUUUUCAGACAAUUAACGAAAAAGUCGACGAACUCAUGGGGUCCGUCCGUGGCUGUCGAAGUAGCUCCCAACGAUCAAAUCAGCAAAGAAAAUGGCUAUAAAGUCUUAAUUAGUAGAGAUGUCCAUGGAUGUCUCGGCCUCAUUACUGUUGAGGAACAGGUUUUCUUGGUUGUCAUUACAGGAGCAAUUAAGGAAAUAGCACAGCCUUUGAGAUAUGAGACUGUUGAUAAGAUAUAUUCAGUGGAGUUCGUGUCGUUGACUAGUGACGAAUGGGACUUUGUAACUUUGGAUCCUAAUGGAAUGCCAGUUCAAUCUUCUGGGGCAGAUGACUACGACGAUGGAAAUGACUACAACAGAACUGUACAUCCCUGUUUUGAAUUAAGGAAGCUAUUGUCCAAUGGGUCUUUCUACUAUUCAAAUGACUUUGAUUUGACUUCUUUACUUCAAGACAGAGGUGUUUCCCGAUCAAAACUAUAUGAGAAAAGAAGUACCCAUACAAGAAAGAUUAACUUCGAGCAUUAUCUGAAAGACUAUAUGUGGAAUUCUUUCAUGAUGAAAGAACUUCUUGGUUUCCGUUCUAAAUUGGAUGAGUUUGGCCAAGCAUUGUUAGAUGACAACAAGUUUUUAACAACAGUGAUAAGAGGCUGUGCAUCUACUGUAGCUUUAGGCCGGCCGGGUGAUUCUUUGACCAUUAUAUCAAAACAGUCGUGGAAGAGAGCAGGAACGAGAUUCAAUGCUAGAGGCAUUGACGAUAACGGGGAUGUUGCGAACUUUGUCGAGACAGAAGUUAUCUUUAGUCGCUUACUGCAAGGGCUGAUAUUUGCCUUUACGGAGGUAAGAGGCUCUGUUCCCGCGUUUUGGGAACAAGAUUCGACAUUGAUAAACCCUAAGAUAACACUAACUAGAUCAUUGGAAGCAACGCAGCCUAUUUUUAAUAAGCAUUUCUUAGAUUUGAAACACAAGUACGAUACAUGUCACAUUGUGAACUUGCUAUCUAAAACAAAACCUGCAGAAGCAUCUUUACUGAGGCGCUACAAAGAUUUAUAUAAUAAUUUUGACCAAAAGCAGGACAUGCCUUUUACUGAGUUUGAUUUUCAUAAUGAAACUAAACAGAGCGGAGGUUUUGCCGGGGCUGCAAAGAUCUUACCUCUUUUGGAAAACACGUUAGCCCAGAUUGGUUGGUUCUCAUUUGAUGUUGAGCAUGACGAAGUAAUAACAAGACAGAACGGUGUAUUUCGAGUCAAUUGCUUGGACUGCUUAGACCGCACAAAUCUUGUUCAACAGGUUAUAAGUCAAAAUGUCCUAGAACACAUUUUGAUGAAUCAGUCAACAAAUGGAUCAGGAUAUCGGGAGCGAUUCGCGUCAGAUGAAAUCAUCACCCGACACAAUUCAAUUUGGGCUGAUAACGGCGACGCAAUCUCCCAGAUUUACACUGGAACCAACGCAUUAAAGUCCUCUUAUACUCGAUCAGGGAAAAUGAACUUCGCAGGUGCCAUUUCUGACGUAACUAAAUCAGUUUCGCGAAUGUAUCAAAAUACGUUUAUUGAUGGUAGAAAGCAGUCGACUAUGGACUUAUUACUUGGCUAUGAUGCAAAGAACUCAAAGCCGGUCAAGAUCUAUGAUCCAAUCAAUGAUUAUGUUCAAGAAAAAUUGAAGGAGCAGUCUAGUGCAUUCACGACAUGGAGUAACAUUACAGUAUUUGUGGGUACUUUCAAUGUUAAUGCGGCUUCCCCAAGUAAUGCUCUUGAUUUAACAAGUUGGCUUUUUCCUCCUGAGAUUGCCGAUACUUCUCUACCUGACAUAUACGCUAUUGGACUACAGGAGAUGAUUGAGUUAAAUGCUGGCUCGAUUUUGUCAGCCGAUAACAGCAAACCAACGCAGUGGGCCAACUUGAUCAACAAACAGCUUAAUUCACAAAGGGAAUCUUACUUAUUAUUACGUACAGAGGCUAUUUCCUCGAUCUCGUUAUUUUUGUUCGUGAAAAAAUCUCAAGUGAGUAGAGUCAAACAAGUUGCCGGCUCUUCAAAAAAGACUGGAAUGGGUGGAAUUACUGCCAACAAAGGUGCAUGUGGUGUUAGGUUUGAUUUCGGUCUGACAUCCAUUGCGUUAGUGACGUCACACUUGGCCGCUGGUACCACCGCUGUCGUGGAAAGAUAUAAUGAAUAUCAAACUAUUAUGCAAGGCUUGAAGUUUACAAGAAACUAUACUUUGAGCGAUCAUGACCAUAUAGUAUGGUUUGGUGACCUUAACUAUAGAAUAUCCAUGCCAAACGAACGCGUGAGGUCUUUGAUUGAUAGUGGUGCGUUUGAUGAGUUACUUCAAAAUGACCAAUUGAAUCAAGAGCUUUCUCAAAAAGGUGCCUUUAGUAUUUUCAAUGAAGGAGUAAUUAAGUUCUACCCAACUUACAAAUUUGAUAAGGGAACUUCGAACUAUGAUACCUCUGAGAAGCAAAGAGUUCCUUCUUGGACAGAUAGGAUUCUUUACAAGAGUUCAAAUGGCUUGGAAAAAAUCCAACAAUUGAGUUACCGAUCAUUAAUGGAUAUAUACAUCAGUGAUCACAAGCCAGUUUUCUCUCUUUUCAAAUGCAAAGUUAAGUUUGUUGAUGAACCCAAGCGACUUGAGAUGGCUAAAUUCUUGUAUGAGGAUUUUAAGAAGUAUCAUGGUGAUCAAGGAGAUAUAUCUCUAGUUGAAAUAUCUGACAGUGCUUCGUCUACGAAACCUUCUUCAUCUAAGGAUUCGAGUUUUACCGCUGAUACUUUAUCGGAAAUGAAUCUCUUGGAUGACUUCGAAACUUCCGGUCCCAAACUACCUCCACGUCCCUCAAGUGCCAAGUAUGCUUCACCUAGGAGAAUACCACCCCCUCCAGCAAGUCGAAAUAUUUCUGCGAAGGCACAGACUGAACCUCUCAAUAACGCAAAUUCUACUUCCUCAAGCAUUCCACCACCUCCUCCUCCCCCAAGAAAAACAACCUCAGAAGUGAAAGUCCCGGUUGGAUUUUCGGCUACGCCUUUAGUUCCAAAUAGGUCUCAUUCUGGAACCCCAUCGAAAGGCUCCCCAGUUGUAACACCCAAUAAUACAUCACUGGAUAUCAAAAAACCGCUUAUACCAGCUAAGCCAUUGUCAUUGGCGUCUGCAAAAACUGAUGGUGAAAGACCAAAAUCCCCCGAAAAAAGCGAUAGAGUGCAGGUUAGGCGCAGCCCAGUCCCUCCUCCUCCUCCUAGAACACUGACUAACAACAAACAAGUCGAAGUAUCUAAUUCUCCAAGAACAAUGGCAGAUUGGGCUCCUCUAGUUCCAAAAUAA